UGGUUGGCCGUCAACAUGGCUGUUCCAAACCCUACACGGUGUGUGUACGUGUAUGACGUUCCAACAACCGCUGCACCAAUCCCACUCCAUCAUCAAUUGUACGCUUCUUGGGAUGGUGCAUCCCAAGCAGCUCGAGACCAUGUAUUUGGUCAAGCUGAGGGAGCUGGCCUUACCCCAACACCCGUGAGCAUGCCUCAUGGCUUCUCCCUUCGCACUCAGCUGACGAACAGCCAGUUUCCCAACGCAAGUGCCCGACCUCAGCCCUUUCCUUUCAACGUUCACGCCAGGUUUGAUCCACAACACAUCUCUGGCCAGCUGUUUUGGGGAACUGAGGCAGCAGCAGUCACAUUUCACGGAACGGAGCAAAAGCCAAAGCACAGGAAGAAGGACAAGAAGAAAAGAAGCAAAAAGAAAACUGUCAAGUGGUGUCGAACCGAAGACGGCGCUCACAUCCAAGCUUCAGGUGCCAAAGUGCUCUUAUUCUUCGCACUCACCGGCAAUAUGAGCAAGGCUGUGUACUCCGCCAUGUAUCGGUGGAAUGUCCAGUACCCAAACAAUCGCUGGGAAAGCUCAAGCUGCACAGGAUCUUACGUCCUUCAGCAGAUGCCUCGUGGGGCGACCACUCGAGAGAUCUCAGACGGUACACUGCGCUCUUUGCGUGACGAAGGAUGCUAUGGACGCGGUGGAUACUUGGGCUUUCUCAACGUCCAGAAUUACCAGCAGUGUCCGUAGUUGCCUGAAGUGAAGUGAGGAUGUGGUUGAUGAUGUGAUUGUUUGUUGUUGUUUCUUUGGUUUGUGUUCUUCGCGCCUGUUCGUGAAGCUCAACCUGCCGUUCCUUAAACUUUGUUGGAUGCGAGUUUGUGAAAUGAUACCUUGAAGUUUUUGGUUAGUAGUGGAGUGGCUGUGUGUUUGUUGGACUUUGGGAAAGGUCUUGCUGUUGACUCUGUGGGAGACGUUGUCGCAGAUAAAGAAGACAAGGUGAUAA